AACUCGCAUAACUAGGUAGCAAAUCGAAAUGGCGGCGCCAGCAGAGAGGAUGGAGGUUUCUCAGGGGGAGAGUUCAGUCAAGCCUGCAGCAGAGGAUAUGACAUCGAAGGACUAUUACUUUGACUCAUACGCCCACUUUGGAAUCCACGAGGAGAUGCUGAAAGAUGAGGUUCGCACUUUGACCUAUCGCAAUUCCAUGUUUCACAACAAGCACCUGUUUAAGGACAAGGUGGUUUUAGAUGUGGGCAGUGGGACAGGCAUCCUCUGCAUGUUUGCUGCCAAAGCUGGAGCCAAGAAGGUCAUCGGGAUAGAGUGCAGCAGCAUCUCAGACUAUGCUGUAAAAAUUGUCAAGGCGAAUAACUUGGAUGAUGUUGUGACCAUUAUUAAGGGGAAGGUCGAGGAAGUGGAGCUGCCCGUGGAUGGAGUAGACAUUAUCAUAUCAGAAUGGAUGGGCUACUGCCUCUUCUAUGAGUCCAUGCUCAAUACAGUCAUUUAUGCCAGGGACAAGUGGCUGAAGCCAGAUGGACUAAUUUUCCCAGACAGGGCAACCCUUUAUGUCACUGCCAUUGAAGACAGGCAAUACAAGGACUACAAAAUCCACUGGUGGGAGAAUGUGUAUGGUUUUGAUAUGUCAUGCAUCAAGGAGGUGGCAAUUAAGGAACCCCUGGUUGAUGUAGUGGAUCCCAAGCAGCUGGUCAGCAACUCGUGUCUCAUCAGGGAGGUGGACAUCUACACAGUGAAGGCAGAGGACCUGACCUUCACCUCACCAUUCUGCCUGCAGGUGAAACGGAAUGAUUACAUCCAUGCGCUGGUCACCUACUUCAACAUUGAGUUUACCCGUUGCCACAAGAGGAUCGGCUUCUCCACCAGCCCAGAGUCUCCAUACACCCACUGGAAGCAAACUGUUUUCUACCUGGAUGAUUACCUGACUGUCAAAACUGGUGAGGAGAUCUUUGGCACAAUCAGCAUGAAGCCAAACGUCAAGAACAAUAGAGACCUGGACUUCACCGUAGACAUCGACUUCAGGGGUCAGCUGUGUGAGAUGUCGAAGACAUCAGAGUACAGAAUGCGUUAGAAAUUGUUUCCAACCCCCACUUCCCUCAUUUUAGUUUGUCUUUAGAGGUCAGAAUAUACAGUUUGACUGGGAAUCUGUACAGUAGCUUGAUGCUCCCCUGUCACAACAUUGUAACAUUGUCAUUUUCUUGUUCAAACUUUAACAGUAUUUCAGAAGUUUUACCAUCCUGGGGUUCAAAGUGCAUUGGCAUGGUGAUUCAUUGUGCAGUAGUCACUUAGCAAAAUGUGUCUUUGACAUGUACCUCGUGUUAGUGUCCAACAGCUUAUUGGGAUUUGCUAUUUGUUUUUUGUUCUUUUGCAUGUGCAAGAUCAGUAUAAACGCAAACAUGGACCAUUCCCACUGUUUGACAACCAUGGUGUUCAUCAAUAAUUACCAGGUUUACGUUUUCUCCAGGGUUGUUAAUGCUAGGGGUUUCCCCUUCAACAUGUUAUUUUGAACAGCAGUCAGUACAAAGUAAGCCCAAACUGAGAAGCUCUGUUCAAAGUUGAAGAGUUGUGUAAAAACAAGUAGCUGAAAGUUAAGGCCAACAAUAGAGAUGGCACAUUCAGAAAACUCCUUUAUUGUUGCAAACAUCAGCAAUAGUGACACUGGGAAUUAGCUGUAUGAAAUGUAGCUGUGUCCCAAAGUCAUACUACAUAUUAAUUCUACAUGGUAUGUCUCACAAAGUCUUCAUAGUAUUGUUUUAGCAUGUUGUAUACCCACUAUGAACAUACUUUACCAUUUUAUAACAGGAGAUGAUACAUGUGAUGCCAGAUGUAAAUCAGAUUGCAACUACUGCCAAUAAAACAUCCCAAAUGAAAAAAGUUUUACAUCUAACAAUUAAAAUGGCUUUCUUUAAACCAUCCACAUUUUAUUUGAAAGUUUUUCAGCUGUAAGCAGUUUCUCAAUUUACUUUGUGCAUUGUGUUUUGCGAGGAUAGCAAGCAAUGCUGUGGAAUGAGUAUGUAGUAUGCAUUUAGGACAUGGUGCAUAAGAGAUGCUGCAUACACUCAGGAAGUUGAUUCCUAUCAUAACCAUACAGUGGCCACAUCAGGUAGCUGUUUGUAAUGCACCAGCUAUUUUUAUUUAGCUUAAAUCAGACCACAUACUUUUGAGAAAGCACCAUUCAGCACGUUAAAGUGCCACUUUCUGCUGGACUGAACAACAAAGAUAGCCAUUUGGCACCAUAGCUGUGUCGUUUCUCUUCAAGUCCAUGUGUUUAUUUUGAUACAAUGUGUCUAAGGCUGCUUGAGUGAACGUAAAUUGUAGCACCUGUGUUGGCAUCCUGCAGAAACAGUUCUGACUCAUGACACUUAAUUUUUCUCAUAUCGUUCUUGGCUGCUGCUUUUUUUUGUAAUAAAACUAAUGAACUGUAA